AUGGCGGACUCUGCUUUCGAGUGGGCCUCCGGUCGCGGCUUGGUACGGGUGAAUCCCGUACAUGGGGAGCAGGAGGCAAAAUUGGUAUUGGGUGACAGCUUCUGCUUUAAAGAAGAGACUGGAGUGAGUCGUACUGAACAUGUUCGGAUGGAGAUUGAAGAUGAGAGCGGCGGGAUUUUCCAAGAGAACCUCCCACCCCUGAACUCCGGCGUCGAAUCGCUCCUUCAGCUUGGAGAAGAUGCCAAUAGGGAAGGUGAAGAUGUUGCGCUGCAAAGCUCGGGCUCGUUCAAGUUAGUGUUCCCUGCAGUGCAAGAGAACAGCUCGGCCAUGGCCGUGCAUGCCAACCAGAUUUCGAUCCAAUUGAACACCAUGAAGAAGCUCUACGACGGCCUUGAGACUCUUCAGAAAGAGCUGGCAGUCAACCGAUCUACCACGACGAUCAAGGCAGUGAAGGGCGUUUCUGGGGGGAAGGCAAAAGCCACUUCCUCUCGCUCGCCCAAAGGGCCAGGCGGCAACAAUUCAGGGAAGACCAAACCUGCAAGAAAGGUGACAAAGCCCAAGAAGGCCAAUCCCGCGAUGGCCUGUUUGCUUCACGUCUUGGAGACGGAGGUUUUGCAUGGUGGCAAGGUGCUGAAGUACACGUUUACCGUGGUGAGCCUGAAGGGGGAUUGGCCGUUUUUGCGAUCCAGCAUGGCAUUGAACAACGGCUACAACUGUAAAGACAAGUGUCACAGGUGCAACUUAGGGCUGAAAGAUUCUUUUCUAGAUCAACAGGAAUGGUGGGAUCUAAAGGGAGCGGUGAAGCGCUUGCGGCCGUAUGAUGUCAAUCCAAAGCCGUUCAAAGCCGAGCGCUCGCCACUUCGUGAUCUAGCUAUACUCGAGAACCCAAAAUUCAUCAGAAUAGAUCCUGCUCACACUUUCGCCAUUGACGGAGUGGGAAAGAACUUUGCAGGCACCGCCAUACUUCUCCUCAUGCAUAUGGGAUGGUUCGGGGGAGGCAAUACAGACUAUAAGUUUCAGUACGCCUAUUCGCGCUUUAUGGCAUAUUGCGACGCACGUCAAAAAAGCACAAGCAUCUAUGAAUUCAGCUACAAAACCCUCAAGUUGCCCAUUGGUUCGCUACGCGGCACACCACGUGGCCUUGGAAAGGGACACGACUGCGCCAUCGUCACGGCCUGGUUGGACGAGGAGCUCCAGCAAAUGGACUUGGAGUCAGUGGCAGUUGAAUUUCGUGAUAUCAUGGAGGUCUUGGUGUGGGGUUGCAGUUCAAUCAACCGUUUCUGGAGAUGUAUGUAUGCAAAUGGGGUCUGGCUUAAUCGACUGCAAGUUGAAAACAUGGUUCAAGACGGAUGGGCGUUUGUCGACGGGUACGCCACUCUUGCACGACAAAGCUGCAAAUUUGGUAUGGUCGGAUGCCAAAUCCGGCCAAAAGCCCAUAUGUUCUGCCACCUUCUGCUUGAUCUUGAAGAGAUGCUGUCGCUGGAAUGCGAAUGGGUUCUGAAUCCGGCUACACACUGCACUUGGAGCGACGAAGACUUCAUUGGCAGGGUGAGCAGGGUAAGUCGGAGAAGCCAUGUGCUAACGUGUGCUCUCCACACAAUCCAACGCUGCCUUGGGUUGUACCGCCGGCAGUGGAUCAAAGAAUUCCACCCAGCAGUCAAGCAGUGA